GAUAAUGGCCAUACUCUGUCGCUAUGUCGAUUAUCGCAACAAUGAGAUUUUGCUACAUAUUGUAAUUGAUUUCUGCGAAGAAGAACUGCAAAAGCGAAUGAAAAACUUUUGCGAAUUGCUCGAGGAGUUCGAAAUUGCAACAACCGUAGAUGUGUACAAAAAGGCUGAUACCAAAUGAAGUCGAUGAAAAAGUAAUUAAUGGUUUCUCGGAAAUGGUCGUGAAGAUUGACAAGCCUGAAUCGCAGUGCACCCUUCAUGAAGUCCGAAAGCUAAACAAAGCUAUAAUCAAGGAUUCACAUCUCUGCUCUCACAGCGUCUACAUUGGAGCAGUGUCCAGAAACUGUGUGGUUGUUAGGCUUAGGUUUCCUUCCAGUGCAGUGGGCUGGGUGCUAGCAGCCAUCACUCCAGACUUCAUGACCACACAUCGUCUCACAGAGUUUGCUGUGGAUGGCCAUCCACUAUCCCUUAUACAGGCCCAGAGUAAUAAUUUGAAUAAUGAGCUGAUUGCAGCUGCUGUUAGAGACGAAGAUGUGAUGAGAGUUGUGUCUCUUCUCAAUAGUGGAGCUGAUAUCCAGACUAAAGACUGGUUAUCACAGACUCCAUUGGAAUGGGCCAGUCGGUAUGGUCAUCUCCAAGUGGUUCGUCUUCUGAUAUCAAGAGGAGCUCAGCUCAACCACCAGGAUGAGGAUGGUGACUCUGCCUUGACUCGAGCAGCCUGGCGUGGUCAGACUAGUAUUGUUGUGGAGCUGGUGAAAGCAGGAGCCAAGUUGGACCUACAGAAUAAG